AUGUCAGGAGGUUGUGGACAAACAAUAGACAAGAAAGCCAUAAUUAGCUGUUCCAUUGAAGAUGUUAGGGACGAGAAUGAUGAGAAGAUUGUUCUUAAAUUGCGCCAAGAGCUUCUUAACAAACAUUCUUUGCCUCCAAGGCAUGAUGAUUAUCAUAUGAUGUUAAGGUUUCUGAAAACAAUGGAUUUCAACAUCGAAAAAACCGUCAAAGCAUGGGAAGAUAUGCUCAAAUGGAGGAAUGACUUUGGAGCUGAUCACAUAAUAGAUGAUUUUUGUUUCAAAGAAUUGGACCAAGUCACAAUGUACUAUCCUCAAGGGUAUCAUGGAGUUGAUAAAGAUGGUAGACCCAUCUAUAUCGAGAGACUAGGAAAAGCUCAUCCCGGUAAGCUUAUGGAUGUUACAACCAUCGACCGUUACUUGAAGUACCAUGUCCAAGAAUUCGAAAAGGCUCUCCAACAGAAGCUCCCUGCCUGUUCCAUUGCUGCAAAGCGACGUGUCACUACAACCACUACAAUACUUGAUGCUGAUGGCCUGGGUAUGAAGAACUUUAGUCCUGCAGCUGCGAAUCUCCUGUCCUCUAUUGCUAAAGUAGAUUGUAGUUAUUACCCUGAGACUUUGCACAGAAUGUUCAUUGUGAAUGCAGGAUUUGGAUUCAGGAAUUUGAUUUGGCCUGCCGCACAGAAGUUUCUUGAUGCUGUGACUAUUGCAAAGAUACAAGUAAUGUAUUAUCGUUUAUUCUUCUAUUUAUUGUCAACAGCUACUAAUUUAUUGUUUGUGUUAAUUACUCAGGUUUUGGAGCCAAAGUCCUUGUCAAAGUUACUUGAAACAAUUGAUUCCAGGAAGUUUUAG